AUGAAACAUUGCAUCAACAACACCUGCACCAACAACAACUCCAUCAACAACACCUGCACCAACAACAACUCCAUCAGCAACACCUGCACCAACAACAUCUCCAUCAAUAACAUCUACACCAACAACAACUCCAUCAACAACACCUGCACCAACAACAUCUCCAUCAAUAACAUCUACACCAACAACAACUCCAUCAACAACACCUGCACCAACAACAACUCCAUCAACAACACCUGCACCAACAACAACUCCAUCAGCAACACCUGCACCAACAACAUCUCCAUCAAUAACAUCUACACCAACAACAACUCCAUCAACAACACCUGCACCAACAACAUCUCCAUCAAUAACAUCUACACCAACAACAACUCCAUCAACAACACCUGCACCAACAACAUCUCCAUCAAUAACAUCUACACCAACAACAACUCCAUCAACAACACCUGCACCAACAACAACUCCAUCAACAACACCUGCACCAACAACAACUCCAUCAGCAACACCUGCACCAACAACAUCUCCAUCAAUAACAUCUACACCAACAACAACUCCAUCAACAACACCUGCACCAACAACAUCUCCAUCAAUAACAUCUACACCAACAACAACUCCAUCAACAACACCUGCACCAACAACAACUCCAUCAACAACACCUGCACCAACAACAACUCCAUCAGCAACACCUGCACCAACAACAUCUCCAUCAAUAACAUCUACACCAACAACACUGGCAGCGAUUACACACACUACUUCUCCAACAACAACAUCUACAUCUCUAACAUCUUCAUUAACAACAUCUCCAUCAACGACAUCUCCAUCAACAACAUCUGCAUCAACAACAUCUCCAUCAACGACAUCUCCAUCAACAACAUCUGCAACAACUACAUCUGCAUCAACAACAUCUCCAUCAACAACAUCUGCAACAACUACAUCUGCAUCAACAACACUGUCAGCACCGGCAAUAUUCUAUCCAUUCAGCUCAGCGGCAGGAGACACAGAACGUUUUGUUAAUUACAAUGAAACCUACGAUUAUGUUUCCUUCUCCACUCCAUUUGUGUUCUUUGGCCGCACGUACAACCACACAUAUGUUAAUUAUAACGGACUUCUUACGUUCAGACAACCUUUACCAGAAUCUCUCCCUUACUACAUUCCCAAAAAUGGAACAGAAGAUUUCAUUGCUCCCCUCUGGACUGACCUUGAUGAGUUUGGGAUGGGCAAAUACUCAUA